AUGAAACUCUUGUCAUGGUGUACUGUAACUGUUUUGAGUCUUCUUGCCACAGCCAAGGCAGACGCAUCAGUGCAGACAAGUGUGUCUUGUGGAACCGUUCCCACGGGGGGAACAUUGGAUUCGACACCUCACAGUUCGAGAACGGCCACAAUUCUGAAAAAUGGUGUCCCUAUGGUCGGAGUUUAUGAAUAUUAUAGUUCUUUGACUUUUGUCGUCAAUUGCUCUCCCACCUCAUCUGCAGGUGCAAAUGCGAUUAUUACCAUAUACUGA